AGUUAUGACCGGAAGUGUUUUUCUGUCUCACGCUGUUGAGGAAACCCGCAGAUCACAGACACAUUAGCUGCUUCCUCCUGGAGUCUGCAGGUAAACAACUCUCUCAGAAUCUGUGGAGGCGGGAUAUCAUUCAGCGACAAUAAACCAGAGAUGAAAAAACAAGACAGUGAUGAGGCUGCCGUCCAGGGGGUUGAGGAUUCUCCACCCACAGCGGGAGGGACGGAGUCACCCGUGGCUGCAAAAGACAGCUCGGACAGCAACAGCCCCAAAGAGUCGGAACCACAGACGCCACAGACAGACACGCCUCCACAAGGUGAAGAGGCUGCAAGUGAAGUUCCAGAAGCAACACUGUCUCGGAGUGACAUGGCCGAGCAGCUGAGCCGGCAGCUAGAAGACAUCCUCAGUACCUACUGCAGAGACGCCAGCGCUCUACCUAAUGGCCAAUCACACAGUCCGGAGCUCAACGGUCUGACUGGCGAGAGGGAAGGCGACAAGGCAGAGAAGGGCAAAGUCAAUGGAGGUCACAGUGGGGUGGAGAAGGAGCCGAAGAAGACACAGGAGAAGAAGAAAGUGAAGGGUCUGGGUAAAGAGAUCACCCUCCUGAUGCAGACCCUGAACACACUGAGCACACCCGAGGAAAAGCUUACAGGCCUCUGUAAGAAGUAUGCGGAACUGCUGGAAGAGCACCGCAACACCCAGAAACAGAUGAGAGUGCUGCAGAAGAAGCAGAACCAGGUGGUCCAGGACAAAGACAACCUGAGGAACGAACACAGCAAGGCCAUCCUGGCUCGCAGCAAACUGGAGAGUCUGUGCAGGGAGCUGCAGAGACACAACCGCACACUAAAGGAGGAAGGGGUGCAAAGGACGCGCGUGGAGGAGGAGAAAAGGAAGGAAGUGACCUCUCACUUCCAGGUGACGCUGAACGACAUCCAGUCUCAGAUGGAGCAGCACAACGAAAGAAAUGCCAGCCUGCGACAGGAGAACACUGAGCUCGCUGAGAAGCUGAAGAAGCUGUAUGAACAGUACAAACUGCGGGAGGAGCACAUAGACAAAGUGGUGAAGCACAAAGACCUGCAGCAGCAGCUGGUGGACGCCAAGCUGCACCAGGCUCAGGAGCUGCUGAAGGAGUCAGAGGAGCGCCACGACAGAGAGAAAGACUUUCUGCUGAAAGAGGCCGUGGAGUCUCAGAGGAUGUGUGAGCUGAUGAAGCAGCAGGAAGUGCACCUCAAACAGCAGCUGUCACUGUACACGGAGAAGUUUGAAGAGUUCCAGACAACUUUGUCCAAAAGCAACGAGGUCUUCACCACAUUCAAACAGGAGAUGGAGAAGAUGACUAAAAAGAUCAAGAAGCUGGAGAAGGAGACGGCCAUGUAUCGCUCCAGGUGGGAGAGCAGCAACAAGGCUCUUGUGGAGAUGUCAGAGGAGAAAUCUGUGCGGGACCGGGAGUUCGAUGCUCUUCAGGGUAAAGUCCAGCGGCUGGAGAAGCUGCGGCGGGCACUCAAAGUCGAACGGAACGACCUCAACAAGAAGGUCCAGAACCUGAGCAGUCAGCAAGAGGGCACGACAGGAACCCCCACCUCUGACCCAGGGACCGACUCCCCUUCUCCACCACCCACAGACUCUCUGCUGGAGCCCAGCGCCUGUCCUGUCCCAGAAACCGCCCCCUGCUCCCACUUAUGCCAUUGUGAUCCAGAACUGGACACACACCCGCGACUGGAGGAGGCGACCGCUCAGCCCGUCAGCACGCAGGAAUGAGGCAAAGCUGCUCACACGUCUCCCCUCUCCCCUUCCCUGCAACAAGCCACCAGCCUCCAAGCCGAUACUCCUCCGCUGAAAGAAACUGAUCAAAUCUGGUCCGUGGGCCAGUGAUCAGAAACUCGCAGCUUUAUGUAAUUUAGGCAGAAAAUCUGAUCAACAUUUAAAAGAAGGAUUCACACGUUAACUCCCUGUGUCCUGUUCAGGCUUUACAGAGCGAUGAGAAGAUUGUGCCUCAUCUGUCAGCACAUUUACAUGCACAUUAUAAAUCAGUUACUGUGAAUAGCUCGACGAAGAUAAUAGUAUCAUUGUAGCAAUUUCAUGCUUUGCAAAAAGUCGAUUUCCCAGUAUGAGAUUUCUAAUGGUUCAAUCAUUGGUCAGGUUCAUUUCCUAUCUCUAAUCAAGUAAAUUGUCUUUCAGUUUGAGAGCAGGACUUUGAUAAUUUUUGGGACAAUUAUUGAUUUCAUAUUUAGAUUUUGUCUCUCACUCAAACCCUGCGCUCGCACUCAAACACACUCUGCUUGUGCUUGGAUUUCCAGAGCUUCAGCUCUUCUCGUGCUCACGCUGCUUCUGUUUGCAGGUGAAACAUCUCAGAUUUCUCCUCUGCUCUCAGAUUUCUCCUCUGUGCUCAGAUUUUUUUGUGCAACUAGUCUGUCAAGAGUCCACAUCCAAUAGAAUGGCAGGUGUUGUGACGACUGAUGAAAUUGCCCCACCCUCAUUUUGGUGACAUCAGCCGUUGCUGCCGUUCUCAUGAUUACAGGGGGGGGAGACAGGGCGGUGUCUAUUUGUGUUUUAUCGUUGCUAGAAACACUGUUCCUGUAACGGAAACACUUAAAGAAUGAAGGUGGUGUUGUUUUUCUUCAAGCACAACAAUGUAAAGGGCAGGAGUGCCUGAGCCCAGUGAAAGGAAACAUCUUAGCAACCAAAUGUCUCCCCAACAAAUUAUACAUAUGAUGGAUACAUAUCAGUCAUUUAGGAAAUGUACUUAUUCAGCUCUAUAAUGCGCAUCCUAUUUUCACCUUUGUCUCUUAAGACCACCCUUCACGGGAUAGAUUAUUGGUGUGUGUGUAAAUGUACUGACUCCUCUGCGUUGUGCUGUUUUACGACACAUUCCCCUUUUUUGACUCACAUCACACAUUGAACUGCUUCACAAGAUUAAUAACAGUGCUGCUUCGGAUGACGCAAGCCUAACAGGUUCACAGCAAGAACAGCCAUCACGGGGUAAAUGAUGCGUGUGUGUCCCUGUGCGUGCGUGUCCAUUCAGUGUCUCAUUUGCAUCAUGAGUGACAAUUUCCUUGAAGCCAACUAGAGUAACUUAUAGUAACAAAUAAUGUCUGUACGGCGCUUAAAACUUUUGAGUUUUCCUUUCUUGCUGGUAAACCAUUUUAGGGAACAGUUCUUUUGUGUUUUUUCUGUUUUUGUCACACUGCUCCAUUUACGGUGUUUGAUUUUUGUGAUCUGUAUUUAUUGUUUCAAGCAUAAUAAGAUAUUGAAAUGUAUGUUAUUCUUACAGAGCACCAUUUUAAAAUAGAAAUUGGUUUAUUUUCUAUUCAUUUAGACAAGUUUAUAAAAACUGUAUUUUAUUUUCAAUGUUUCAUUCCGAACCUUUCCGGGUUCAUUUCCCCUCUAUUUAGUUUGAGAUGUUUUUUCACUCUUAAAGACCUUGUAAACACGACCACUUCAGACUUGUUUAACUCCCGUCUUUAUGUCAUUGUGGGUGGUUGGGUGGGUUAUGUGGCUACGUGGCUAAGAUUGUCUCCUCCCAGCCCCGGUAAUUGCAGUAGCUUGUUAUCAGGUUUUAACCAGUGAAUGUUCAAGGACCUCUAUGCAAUGAUUGCCUUUUGGUUUUAUUCUAUGGCAGUUUGAACUGACGAGCACUUAGCUAAGAAUGUAUAUUCAUGAUAUCCACUGUCCUGCAUGGAUGUACUGUAUAAACAGACAACAGAAUCUCACGUUAUCUUUGUUUCUAAUUUCGAAGCUGGGGAAUAAGGAGGAAAGAAUUUCUGAAUUAUAGUUUUCACUCUCAAACUUUUCCAAUUUUUCUCGUGUAAUAUUUAACAUGUAGCGUUGAUAACAAAGUGAUCACUGAUAGAAUCUGUCAUUUCCAAUUGAAAUAGAAACAACAAACCUGAUUUCUUCCAUUAUCCCAUUGGAUUAUCAUUGUAUCUCCAGUCCUGUGUUGGAGAUGAAGGCUCAUUGAACAUGUGAAGGAACCAAAGAUGCUUCCCUCUUUUUGUCUUUUGCAGUACUUUUAUCUGGCUGUGUAUAUUUUGUUCCUUGUUAAAUAAAAGAUGUAAUAGUG